CUGGGGUCCCUUGGAGGACCAUCUUCCUUGAGGUUCACGGCAUUGCAGCUGGACCAUCAUGAAGGGGCUUGCUGCGAUCGCACUGGUGGUCUUCCUUUCCUCGGUGGGGGCUGAUCAUGAGCCACAUGCAGCAAACAAGAUCUGCAAAUUUUACAGUGAAUUAAAGGAAGAUGGUUUCCGGACUUUAGCUUUUAUUGGGCUGUCCCAGAACUUACCGGAAAGCACUCCCUCAGAGUUCAAGUCUUUGGUCGAUCAGGCAGUGGUCACGGUUUCUGAAUGCUGCAAGAAGGAUCAUCAUGAAGACUGCAACAAGGAUCCGGAGCACAUGUUCCAGAGGGAGGUGUGCGCCUCUCAGUCUGUGGCUGAGAAGAACGGGCUGAAGCACUGCUGUGAAUUAACAGCGGCGAGCCGCACACAGUGCUUUGUGGACCACAAGUCCAAAAUCCUUGUCAACGUCUCGCAUGAGCCUGAUGUGUCUGCUCAGGUGUUAUGCAAGGAGUACAAAGAGGACGAAAAGAAGCAUCUUGGCGAGUUCAUCUACUACUUCUCCAGGCAACACGUGAUGCUCCAGCCACAAAUCAUCGUGGGUAUUAUGCACGGGUACAACGAAAUUUUGAAGUCCUGCUGCCAUGAAAAGGACGUACAGUCCUGCUUCGAUGAGAAGAAAAAUCUCUUCAAACAGAAGACAGAGGAACGUGUGACCGAGCUCAUGUCCCUGUGCCUUAUUCAAGAAAAAUACGGAGACCGCAUCAUCAAAGCCAAGAAAAAUAUCCAGUACAGCCAAACCAUUCCGCAGGCCUCCUAUGCCCAGAUAGAGUCCUUCAAGAACAGGGUCUCCACAUUGACCAAGACCUGCUGCAGUGGAAACAUGAUCGCUUGCAUGAGAGAGCGGAAGGAACUUGUGGAUGAGCUGUGCGGAAACCACGCUCUAGUGUCCCAGUGCGAGCACCUCUCCGAGUGCUGUAAGAAGAGCGUCGUGGAGCGGGGCUCGUGCGUGCAGAACAUGAAGGUGAAGAAGUUGGCGGGACUCUCUGAGCACUAUGAAGUUCACGAGCAUCUGGCGGAGACGUGCAAAACUUUCAAAGAUACCCCAGAUAAAGCCUUGGGAAAAAUACUUUACGAGAUCUCCAGACGUCACCCCGAGGCGUCUCAGCAGGCCAUCCUGCGCCAUAUGAUGAAAAUCCAGGAGUCGCUCCACCAGUGCUGUAACAAGGCAGAUGUGGGCACCUGUUUCAAGACUGCUAUGGGCAAGAGUACCCUGGAGCAGAAAAUCGAGGACGACACGAAAUACUAUAGCAACCUGUGUGCCACCGACAAAGAGAUGGGACACGAAGGACUUGAAAAAAGGUUACUGGCCGUCUCCACCAGCAUCAUGCCCCAGGCAUCGUUCGAUGUUGUCAACACGAUAGCUGAAGACUUGGCUGAUGUCAUCAGUCCAUGCUGCAAGGAGGAAUCAAAACACCGUCUCCUACCAUGUGCUGAAAAUAAGGUGACAAACAUAAUCGAUGUCACAUGCCACAAAAUAAAGCCUGAAACCAUCAACCCAGAGAUCGCCCACUGCUGCAACGAUUCCUACUCUAUGCGGAGAAUCUGCAUUAACAGCCUGAAGCCCAACACAGCCUUCCAGCCCCCUCUUCUCACAACUCAGACAUUCCACAUGGGUCCCGAGCUUUGCACCAAUGAUGCCAAUAAGUUGCUACUUGCCAGCAAAAGACUGCUGUACAGUCUGGUUCAACAGAAGACCACCAUCAAACCUGAGCAACUGAAGACCAUCGCCACAAAAUUCAAUGAGCUGCGGAACAAGUGCUGCGCUGAAGCUGAUAAGGCAGCCUGCUUUUCCACAGAGGGUCCAAAACUGGUGACUGAAAGUGAGACACUUUUGAAGGCCUAGAUGGAUGAUAUGCUUCAAAAGGGGCAUCAGGAGACUCGAGAACAAGGAUUUUUUUUACAUCUAGCCCUUCACUGUUCCCCAUACUCUCUUUGUAGUGUCCAGCAGCCAGUUCAGAAUCAACGGAAGCCCAACAUGGUUUUCUCAUUUGCUCUGUCACCAUCUCAGUGGUGUAGAUGUCUACUGUAAUAUCUACACUCCCCAAAAUUAGGCUUGAUUGAUGUCUUGUCAAUAAGCAUAAAUAAAGCUGCUUUGUAAAAUUGG